AUGAGAUUAAAAAAGGAUAAUGGUGUAUUGAACUGUCCUCCUAAUAAUGGUGGUGCCGGUGGUGGUACAGCUGCUAAACCUCGAGGAGGAGGAGGAGGCGGAACCAGUAGAGGAACUGGUGGUAGUGCUUCAAAAAGUAGAGGAGGCGGAGGUGGAGGAGGAGGUGUAGCCAAAAGUGGAGUUCAAAAAUCCGGAUCUUCUGGCCGUUCCGUUGGCGGCAGCGGUGGCAGUAGUAGUCGAUCGGGUGGUGGAUCGUCGUCUAUCGGUAAAUCUCGCGGCGGUGGUGGCGGCGGCAGUAGUGGAGGACAGUCAAGAGGUGGCGGCGCCGGUGCAACAAAAACAAGUGGUUCGUCAAAAAGCAUAUCGUCGUCAAAAGGUUCGGGUAGUAAACGUCAAAGUGGUAGCAGUAGUAGUAGUAGUGGUGGCAAAAUUGGCAGCACUGGUAUGUCUGGCAGUAGUAGUAGUAAUAGACACUCGUCAUCGUCGGGCAAUAGUAGACAAACAAGUGGCGGACGAAGUGGUUCAUCAAAAGGCGGAUCAAUAAGUGGUAGCAUAAGUGGCAAGACUUCUGGAGGCAAAAGUGGUAGCAGUAGUAGUAGUAGUGGUGGCAAAAUUGGCGGCACUGGUAUGUCUGGAAGUAGUAGUAGUAGACGUUCAUCAUCGUCAUCGUCGUCGGGCAAUAGUAGACAAACAAGUGGCGGAAGAAGUGGUUCAUCAAAAGGCGGAUCAAUAAGUGGUAGCAUAAGUGGCAAGACUUCUGGAGGCAAAAGUGGUAGCAGUAGUAGUAGUGGCGGUACUAAGCAAUCAUUGGGUGGAUUAUCAAACAAAAUUGGCACCAGUAGUUCAAAUAAAAACGGUAAAUCUACCAGUAGUUCAUCAAUGAUAGGCUCGGGUAGUAGUAGUAGUAAGAGAUCCAGUGGUAGCGGCACUACUAAUGGCAAAGUGGGUACCGGUAUGUCAAACAACAGAGGAGGAAGAGGUGGUAGUGGGGCUACCAGUUCUAGUGGUAGCAAAUUAUCAUCAAGUUUUGGUGGCAAAAGCGGUAGCAAAUCAAGCGGCAGUAGUUCGAGCACCGGUACUAAAAGUAGCGGUAGUAGUAGUUCAUCAUCAAUUGGCAAUCGUAUUAAACAAUCGGCUGGUAGUAUAACCAACAACAACAAAAAAGGUGGUGGCACCAGUAUUGGUGGUGGUGUAAGCAAAUCGGGUACCGGUAGUAGUAGUAAACGGUCGGGUGGUAGCACCGGCAGCAGUAGCAGCAGCAAUGGCAUAACCAAUAAAAUCGGAACUGGUAUAUCAAACAUCAAGGGUAGUGCAUCGGGCGGUUCAAUUGGUAACGGGAUUAAGUCAACUGGUUUGGGUGGUAGUAAGGGUAGUAGUAGUAGCCGUAAUAGUCGUGGUGGCAAGUCGACGAGCACUGGUAGUUCAGGUGCCGGCAUAAAGGGAUCAUUUGGAGGUAGCAUUAAAGGCAAUUCUGGUAGUACAUCGGGUACGGGUAGAAACAAAAUUAGUGGUCAGAUUGGUGUGAAAAACAGCGGCACAACCAAAACUGGUAUCACUGGUGGUAGUGGUAGUAGUAGUAGUAGUGGUAUCGGUAGUAGUAUUAAAAAUGGUAUCAAUGGCGUCAAGACGAGUAUCGGUAGCGGAAUAACUGGUGGUUCAACUAAAUCUGGUGGCUCUGGUGGAGGAACAAUAGGAGGCAUUAAAACUGGUGGUCAAUCAAAUAGUGGUAUCAAAAAUGGAUUGGGAAGUAUUGGCAGCGGACGAGGAGGACGACAGUCUGGUAGAGGAAGUGGUGUUACUACAAAAACUGGAAAUACUAGAUCACUUACCACUAGAAGACCAAGAGGAGGUGCUGGAAGUGGUAGAGGAGGAUCAUCUAGUGGUGGUGGUGUACUAACUACUAGAAAAUCAGGUGGAAGUGGUUUUCGGACAACUCGUAGAUUUGGUGGUAGUGGUAGUGGUGGUGGAAGAGGAGGAGGAAGAACUACUCGCAGAUCCGGAGUAGGAAUGCCAGCAAUUAGAUCGACACCUCGUGUAUCGAUACCAUCGAUUGGUGGCAGAACUGGUAGUGGUGGUGGUGUUGGAGGAACUGGUGUUCGGUCUACUCCUAGAUCUAGUGGCGGUAGACCUGAUAGUGGUGGUAGUCGUACAACUCGUAGAUCAAAUGGUGGAAGAACUGGUAGUCGAACUACUCGUCGAUCAACUAGUGGUGGAGGCGGCGAUCGAAGGACUACUACACGCAGAUCGGGUGUAGGAUUACCAGCUAAUAGAUCGACACCUCGGGUAUCGAUACCAUCGAUAGGUGGCAGACCAGGUGGUGGUGGAGGAACAGGAGCUGGUAGUCGAACUACUCGUCGGUCAAGUGGUGGCAGAUCUGGUAGAGUAGGAACUGGUGGCAGUCGUACUACUCGUCGGUCAAGUGGUGGUAGAGGUGACGGACGAAGAACUACUCGUAGAUCGGGUGUAGGAUUGCCAUCAAUUAUAACGACCCCAUCGAUUGGUGGCGGCACUGGUAUACUAACUACUCCUAGAUCUACUGGUGGUGGUGGAAGAGGAACAGGAACUGGUGGCAGUCGAACUACUCGUCGGUCAAGUGGUGGCAGAUCUGGUAGAGGAGGAACUGGUAGUCGUACUACUCGUCGAUCAAGUGGUGGCGGACGAAGAACUACUACUGCUCGCAGAUCGGGUGUCGAAUCGGGAACGACACCAUCGAUUGGUGGCGGCACUGGUAUACUAACUACUCCUAGAUCUACUAGUGGUGGUGGAAGAGGAGGAGGAGGAAGAGGAACGGGUAGGAGUCGAACUACCCGUAGAGGAACUGGUGGUAGUGGCGGCGGUAGGACUCGUGGAAGAGGACAGGUAACUGGCAGUAGUAGGACUACCCCGAAGGGCUCAUCAUCUAUAGGACAAAGAAACACGAAGAGAAGCGGAAGAAAUGGUAACUCGAGAGGCGGCGGCGGCAGAGGCGGCAGAGGCGGUGGUAAUGGUAAUCGUGGAACAACUGGUGGACUAAUUGUUACUCAAAGACCCAGAGGAGGAAAAGGCAUAGCAACUAAUAGCUAUACAACAAAUUUGCCGCUAAUUAAUAAAGGAGAUUAUGUGACAAGCGGUGGUCGCUAUAGCGGCGGCGGCACCGGUAUCUCUGGACACAGAGGAUCUGCAAUAAUCGGUAUCAAUCGCGGAGGUGGUGGUAGUAGAGGUAGUAGUGGUAGUAUUAGUAGUAGUGGUGGUGGUAGUAGUAGUUCGAGCAGUGGUAGCAGUCGCGGAUGGCAGAGAGGAGGAUAUGGACGUCAAGGCAGUAGUGGAACUGGUAGUAGUAGUAGUGGUGGUGGUAGUAGUGGUGUAGGAAAUAAUGGAUAUAAUGGAUAUCUAAUUAAAGAAGGAUCAAGUGGUAGUAGUGGUGGUAAAGGUAUUGCAACUGCUGGAGGAACGGUAUCAACAAAUUUUGGAAACAGCGGUAGAGGUGGUAAAGGUAUUGGAAGUGCUGGAGGACGUGGAGGAUCGGUAUCAUCUAAUUUUGGAAGCAGUGGUAGAGGUGGUAAAGGUAUUGGAAGUACUGGAGGAGCUGGAGGAUCGGUAUCAACUAAUUUUGGAAACAGUGGUAGAGGUGGUAAAGGUAUUGGAAGUACUAGAGGAACUGGUGUGGCGACGCAUGGACUAGGAGGAAGAGGAGGAAAGGGUUUUGUUAUUAGCGGUGGUGGCGGUAGUGGCGGCGGCGGCGGCUCGAGAUCGGGUGGUCUGAAAGGCAAUAUUGGCACCGGUAUUGCAGCUGGAAUUGGAACCGCAGUCGGCACUGGUAUGGGAGCGGCUAUUGGAAGCGGUAUCAAUCGUGGAGGAACUGGUGGCGGAAGUAUUGGUGGUGGAAGUGGAGGUGGUUUUAGUAUUGGUGGUGGCCAUGGAGGUGGCCAUGGAGGUGGUGGCCAUGGAAGUGAUGGUAGUAUUGGUGGUGGCAGUGGAAGUGGAAGUGGUGGUGGAAGUGGUGGUGGAAGUGGUAGUGGAAGUGGUAGUGGAAGUGGUAGUGGAAGUGGAGGUUCUAUGAGUUUCGGAGGAAGACCUGGAGUAGGAGGAGGAGGAAGUUGGAGUUCUGGUUACGGAUCGGGUGGUAAAUCAGGAACAGCUGGAGGAACAGGUGAUGGCAGCGGUGGUGGCAGCGGUGGUGGCGUAUCAGUAGGACAGGGUGGUAAUGGUGGACAGUCUGGUUACGGUUACGGUGGAAAUGGUGGUCAGGCUGGCUAUGGUUAUGGCGGUAAUGGUGGACAAUAUGGUAGCGGCGGCGGUUUCGGUGGUCAGGGAAACGGCAAAAAUGGCUAUGUAUGCGGUUGUUUCGCUAUAAACACGACUAUAACAGCCAAUAGCGGUGGUGUCAAUGCAAUAGAAAGUCAAUCUAGUGGACAGUUGGAGGUCAAUAGGAGAACCGGUGGUAUGAAUAAAAAAGGUUACUAUACGGGCAGCGAUUCAAAUCAAUUGUAUAUAUCGGGCCAACAAUUGAAUGGCGAAAACAAUAAUAAUCAAUUGGGCGGAAAGUUAGCUAAUAAUAAUGGAGUUGGUAAUGGUGUCGGUGGUGGUGGUGGGUUCAGAGGUUAUGUCGUACAGGUUCCCUGUCCAUCAUCAUCAUCAUCAUCAUCGCAAACUAACGGUGGUCAAGCAAUUGGUGGAUCAAAUGGAGCAACUUUUACUGGACAACAGUCUACUACAGGACAGUUAGCAAUGGGAAAGUCAUCGUCAAUAGGACAGUCGUCAUCAAUCGAUUACAACAACAACAACAACAAUAAAGAGGAACAACAAAGUCAUAAAAGUAGUGGACAUAACAACAACAACAACAGUGGUAGUGGUCAACAAACUAGCGGUGAAAACCGUAAAAAACGGGAAGACAUUAUUGUCUAUAGUGGACCACAAAAACCUGGUGGCGGUAGUGGUGGUAGUGGUGGUGCUGGUGGUAAUGCCAUUGGACAACAGCAACAACAAACAUAUAAUAGUAAACAGUUUAACACAGAUAGUGGUAGUAGUAGUAUUAGUAGUGGUAGUGGUGAUGGUAGAGUAGGACAAGGAUAUCAUCAUCAAUCGGACAGUAGUAGCAGUGGUAGUAGCAGUUUGCCUAUCAAUGGUAAACAAGCAUUGACCCAAAAUAAUGAUAGAUCAGGAUCAUCAGCAUCAUUAUCAUCACGUUUGAACAGUUAUGUCUACCCGGUUAACAAGCACCUGGAUACUAGUAAUAGUAAAAAAUGUGACGACAAAUUGAGACAACUAAUAAGCUACCCUCACUAUCAACAUGUCUAUCCUCAACCACCACCACCACCACCACCAAUACAUGGUCAUCCAGGAAAGCUAGGUUGUUGUCCUAAAAACUAUAAGGGAGGAAAUGGUGGUAACGGUGGCGAUGCUUAUGCAGGUUCAGGUAGUCAUGGUGGACAGGGUGGCAAUGCAUACGGUGGACCGGGUGGUAAUGGAGGGCCUGGAAGGGAGGCAGGAGGAGGUCGUAGAGGGAAACGUAGUUAUUAG